CAACAAUAACAACAGCAAAAGGCACCGCGUUGACAACAGCAGCAGCAACAACAACAACAACAGUAACCGCAACAACGCAUGCGUAACUGUUGUUGCCUCUGCGCUCUUCUGCCACCGCCGCCUUCUUCUUCGUCUUCUUCUUCUGCUUGCGCCUGGGAUAUAAAGCAGUUAAAUCCAUCCGUCUGAGAGACUGGGGGAGAGAGAAGGGAGAUACGCACACAUCCUGCGCCUGGAUUGUCAGCCACACUUCAGAGCAAAAAAGUGUUGGUGCUGCAUUUGGUAUUCCCGCUGUCAUUUGACAUUUAUGUCGCCUGCUUCUGGGAGAUAAGCGGCACUAGGAUCGUGGGAUUGGCAACGCUGCAGCAGUGGAGCUGGAGGAUUGCCGCCAUGGCAUCGUCGUCGAGAGGCAAGCGGCAGGCGAGCAAUCGCUGGAUGCUGUUGCUGGUGCACGGCCUGCUGGCGCUGGCCGUGCUGCACAUGCACAGCCUGAGGGCGGGCGGGGUUGAGGCGCUGCCGAUUACCUCGCGGCCCAUCGAGGGCAAUGCCCAGAAGGACGCGUGGGAGGCGUGGCUGCGCCUGCCCUACGAACAGAAAUCGCUCGAGAAGCAGAAGAAGGUGAUGCCCAAGUCCAUAUUCGCGCUGCCCUUCCGCCACUGUCCGCCGGGACACAAGCUGUACAACGAGCGCUGCAUCUCGCAGACGAACAUCGACCCCACCGAUCUCGUUGCGCAGGAGCUGCAGGAACAGCUGGGCUACGGUGGUGGCGGCGGUGGUGCUGGUGGUGCCGGCGGUGGCCCCACGGCAUUCACCGACUACGACUACAGCGACAACGAGAGCGAUGAGCUCAUCUACGAGAUGCCACUGGGGCCGCUCAUUCUGUCCGAUCCGCUGCCCACGCUGCCCACAAGUGGUGCCAGUGGUGCCGAGGACCAGGCGCUGCCCAGCGAGGAUGCACCACUCAAAUUCAAUAUAUUCGAAAAGAAGUUUCCCACGGCAUCGGAGUCUGAUGUUGUCAAUACAACGACAGCAACAUUGCCAUCGAUUGCAACGGCAACGGCAACGGCAACGGCAACAGCAACAGCAACGGCAACUACCACGCCCACACCCACAAUAGCAACGAUGCGCGAAGACGCCCUCAAGGCGCAGCAGAGGCCGAAUAAUCGCAUUGCCGAUAGCGACCAAGAUCUGCAGGCUGAUGCGAGCAGCGCUCUGCCAAGCACGACAAGCCUCAGCAUAUCCAGCAGCAGCAGCAGCAGCAGCAGCAGCAACAUUGGCUCCUUCGGCGACAUUGGCCAUAUCGAUGCCAUUGUUGUGCCAGCGGGCGCGUCAGUGGACACAGAGCCAACGGUGCAGCUGGUGACAAGUUCGAUGCGCACUGAGCCCAAGGCGAAGCCGGAUGCGAAGCCCGAUGCGGGGGUGCAAUCGGAUUCAGAGCACGAAGCGGAGUCGGACUCAGAGUCAGAGUCAGCGAGCGCCGCCGAGACGGUGGCUGAGGCCGAGGCCGAGGCAGAGAUCGAAACGGACCUGGAGCAGCUGCUCAAGGUCGACGCCUUUCUGCCGGCCUACGGCAGCAGCGUCGAUACCAUGCCGCAGUUCAGUCAUCGUCGCGUCUCGCCGCUCAGCGCCGAUCUGGAUGCUGACGAUUCAGCGACGGAUAUUGUGCCAACCACAGGAGAGCGCGAUGUCGAUGCAACAGCAGCAACAACAACAGCAACAGCAACCGCAACAACAACAGCAACUACAUCAGCAACCACAUCGUCGGCUACGCCCACAACACCAACACGAGCACAAGAACAAGAGCUAGAUGUGCCUGUGUUGAAAAAAUCGAAAGUGCAACCGGUUCAGUUAAGCUCAACCACAACAACAGCAGCAACAGCAACAACAGCAACAAUAACUCCAGCUACAGCAACAGCUACAGCAACAGCUACAACAAUAUCAUUGGCAGCAGAAUCAUCAUCAUCGGCAGCAGCAGCAGUGACAACAACAACAGCAACAGCUGCAACAGUUGCUGCUGCUACUGAAACCAAAGUUGCUGCCAUACAUCAAGAUGCCAAUGGCAAUGCUCGAGAUGAUGACCGGUUUUAUUAUCAGCAUUUGAACAGAAAUGUUGCUGCCAUUGGCAGCAGCAGCAGCAGCAGCAGCAACAGCGACAGCAGCGACAGCGACACUAGCAGCAGCAGCAGCAGCAGCAACAAUGCUGACAACGACUUGGAUGUGCUGAACGAUAUGGCAUCCAGUGACAAUUUAAUGACAAACACAAUCGGCGGCCAGGGCGACAGCGAGCGGGCGGCAAGUGAAAUUAAUUUUGAACAAGAAUUGCGCAUUAUAAACGAACUGGUUAAGGACAAGCGGCGAUUAUCGCAGCUGCGACAACAGCAACACGAGCAGCAGCCGUCAACGACAGCGACAACGACAACGACAACGACGACGACAACAGCAGCAACGAUCAUUGAGAGUGGCUCUGAUGCGUCUAGCACUCCAGCGGCAGAGGCAACAAAUUUUUGGUCUAGCCUCAUGCCAAUGCUAAGCCAGACGUCGACAGAAGCAACAGCAGCAACAACAGCAGCAGCAACAGCAACAACAGCAGCAGCAACAGCAACAACAGCAACCGAACAAGCUGCUGCUGCUGCUGAUAGUUCAACAACAGCAACAACAACAGCAGCAACAGCAACAAUUGCUGACACCACAAGAAGCACACAACAGCAAUUAAGUAUUAAUACAAAUCGUAGCAAUAGAAAUAGUAAAAUAAUUAGAGUAGAUAGCUUAGGCGCGAGUCCAGAGCCAACAGCAGCAGCAACAGCAAGAACACCAGCAGCAGCAGUAGCAACUACAGCAGCUACAGCAGCAACAACACCAAACGAUGAGAAUUACACGCCCUUCUGGUGGUUGCCCAGCAUUGGUUGGCGUGUCGAUCGUCAGGUGGACGAGCAGGGCGAGGAUCGUUCGCUCUUGUUGCGCAUCUUCAGAACGUUUCGUGGCAGCGACAGCAGCACAGCAGCAACAGCAGCAGCAGCAACAAUAACGUCGCGCCGCUAGUGCCAGCUAGCUCAGCUAUUUAGUAGCCAACUGGCGCCAUUCCAGUGCCUGCGCGCUGCUCUUAGCAGCUCUCGCCCGUGUGGAGAGUCGCUGGAGUCCGCUGGUCGGUCGGAAGUGCUGCCGUGUCGUCUGAGGGUGCCGCUGGCAGCGACGCUUCAAUUGUGUGUUGAACUCUCUGCUUGGCCAGUUGCAACCAGCGUCUAACUACCCUACCCACA